AAAAUGGCAGCCUACGUAUCCCGGCUCAACCACAUCGCUCUCCACGUUGCGAACGCCGACAGAAUAGCGCUCGACCUCGUGGCCAAAUUCCGCUUUAAACUGUUCGCCGCCAGAAAGACGGCCGGGUGGAGGCAGCUGGCCCUCCGCAAGGGCUCGGCCGUGUUCCUCGUGAACGAGCGACUGGAGGAGGAGGAGGAGAAGAAGGAGAAGAAGAAGAAGAAGGGCUGGAACCCGGGCGUGACCUCAGCCUCAGGCUCCGCCGAUGAUGACCGAUCGUCGGGGACCGGCGGCGGCGGCAGCGCGCGCGCCGACUCCACGUGCCUUUACGGCGCGCAGCCGAGCGGCCGCGUGGACACCGCGUGCAACGUGUGCUUCGAGGUGGAGGACGUGCACGGGGCGUUCAGCGCGCUGCGCGAGCGGGGCUGCCGCUUCCUAGUGCCGCCUACUCCGGUGGAGGACCACGAGGGGCUCGUGCUCUACUCCGUGCUCAAGUCCGUCGUGGGCAACGUGUGCCACACGCUCGUGGACCGCACCGGCUACAGGGGCGACUUCCUGCCCGGCUUUCGGGAGGUGCGCGGCAUCGGGGAUGGGGAGCGCGCGCCGGAGGGCGGGGCGUGCUCCGUCACGCACUUCGACCACGUAACGUACGCGUGUCCCCGGAGGAUGACCCCGGAGGUCAUGAAGUGGUACGAGGGCAAUUUCGGCUUCCAGAGGUUUCUCAUUGGCAGGAACGAAGAUGUAAACGAGGGCUUUGUCCUGGACCGGGAUGGCAUCGGCCUACGACUGACUGCUAUGGAGUUCUGGAAAUGCAGCGAAUCGGGAGUGAAACUGCCCUUUCGAAACGACCAGGAGCCGGAUUGCAAGUUUGUCAUAGCGGAGUCGCUGCCUCACCAAGGUCCUAACCAAGUGGACAGCUUCCUGGAGCAGCACGGCGGGGCAGGAAUCCAGCACGUAGGCCUGUACACCCAGGAUAUCGUGUCCACAGCCCGCACGCUGGCCCAGGCUGGGGUGCAGUUCGUUUCCCCUCCACCGGCCUACUACUCCCAGGUGGGGAAGCAGCAGGAGAUCUUGGACGCGGGUCACGACCCCCAGCUGCUGUCACAGCACGGGAUCCUCUUGGAUACGGACCUGCGGCAGGACGCGUCGGGCUCCACGCCUCGGCUUGCGUCCGGUGAAAACAAGCGGUACCUCCUCCAGGUGUUCACCAAGCCCAUCUUUACAGAGGACACCUUCUUCCUGGAGCUCAUCGAGCGCCGAGGGGCGUCCGGCUUCGGGGAGGGUAACAUCCGGGCGCUGUGGAGGUCCGUCCAGUCUUACAUGGAGGGCGAGGGAGGCGACUCGCCGGGACGAGGCACGGAGAGCGUCUCCGUGGAGACCGGUCAGCGCUGAUGCAGCCGAAGCGCUGCAGAAAGACUUCGGUGGCUUUUUUUUUUUUUGCAUAUUUAAACCUGUAAAGUUAAGAAAAAAACACUUGAGGAAAAUAUCAAUCAACGCACUAAAUUAAGGGGUUCCCGCUUUUUGAAUGUACGGUCUUCCCCUGCUUUGCGAAGUUAACGCGUUCCUGAAAAACCCUUCGGAAGGUGAAUCCUCAACUCGGAGACGCCGAUGUAAAAUGUGUUAAAAUGUCACCGAAUUAAAGUGUACGCACUAAACACCUAACACAUGCUCACGCACAAAACAUAUACAUAUGGUACUUGCUGUUCAUGCAUUGAUUCAGCCUUUAGUGCAAAAAGCAGUACAGUAAAGACAAAAGAAAUGAAUGAAAACAAUAGACAUUGAUUUGCCUUCUCAGGACCAGCGGAACUGGUGUCUCGCAGGUCCUGGGCAACAAUGUGGGUUUGAUCGCUGCUCGAUGUGUGUCGGUCUGUGUGUUCUCCCAUCUUCGUGUGGGUUUCCUCCCUAAGGCGUGUUUUUCAGCUGAACUGGUGACUUCAAAAGGCCUGUACUGUAUGAAUGUGUGUGUGUGCGCCAUACAGAUCGGUCAAUGAGAUGUGGGUUCGACGCACUGGAUGUAGCGCUGCGAGUCACCUUGGAUAAACGGUGUCGGCUAAUAUUUUUUGCGAAAUCCAAAUUCUGUUCUCAAAUGCGAUGACAAGCCUCCUCAUUUGAAGUGUGUGUAAUAAAUGAAACUCCAACAGUGUACUGUACAUGUGUUUACAAGGUUAGAACCUGCAUUCUGGAUCAUUGUCAGAAUAAAAAGCUGAAGACCGUCUCCUGUUUGAGACGUGUG